CCCAUUCUAACCGCGCAUGCACGGCUCCCGGAGCGUGAAGCGCAGCGAUCAGAGGUGCGCUGUGUCCCUCAGGCACAGCGGAUCACCGAUCCAUGGAAAGAGCCAAAGAUGUCGGCUCAGUUAUGUGAUCAGCUGUGUCCAAUCACAGCUGAUCACAUGGAACAUGUACACUGAUCAUCAAAACACUGAUGAUCAGUGUGCCCUGAUGAUCAGUGUAGCCCCGGCAGUGCCACCUGUCAGUGUCCGUCAGUGCUCAUCAGUGCCACAUGCCAGUGCCACAUCAAUGCCACAUAUCAGUGUCUACGAGUGCACAACAAUGCCACAUAUCAGUGCCCAUCUGAGCUGCCUUUCAGUGUCUCCCGUCAGUGCCACCUAUCAAUGCCAAUCAGUGCCACCUAUCAGUGCUGCCUAUCAGUGCCCCGUCAGUGCUGCCUAACAGUGCCAGUCAGUGCCACCUAACAGUGCCAUAUAUGCCGCCUAUCAGUGCCAUAUAUCAGUGCUGCCUUUCAGUGCCCAUCAGUGAUGCCUGUCAAUGCCCAUCAGUGCCACCUACCAGUGCCUCCUCAUCAGUGCCACCUAUCAGUGUCCAUCAGUGCAGCCUAUCAGUGCCCUUCACUGCAGCCUCAUUAGCGCACAUCAGUGAAGGAGAAAAAUCACUUAUUUACAAAAUUUUAUAACAAAAACUAAGAAAAAAACGUGUUUCUAUUUUACAUUUUCAGUGGUUUUUGGUAUGUUUAAGAAAAAAUAA